AUAGCUCGCAGAAAGAGAUGCUUUUCAUCUGAAUGUGACGAGGUUGGUCAUCGUCAUGAACAUGGUGAAGUGAGAGUGAGGUUCGCUCCGAGUCCAACAGGUUUCCUACACCUGGGGGGGCUGCGUACAGCUCUCUACAACUAUAUCUAUGCUAAGAAUGGAGGGAGCUUCAUCUUACGUAUGGAAGAUACAGACCAGAGCAGACUGGUGCCGGGAGCUGCAGAGUCUAUAGAGGAUAUGUUGGAGUGGGCUGGUCUCCCCCCAGACGAGAGUCCCCGUGGAGGAGGCCAGUACGGUCCCUACCUCCAGUCCCAGAGGCUGUCCCUGUACAGCCAGGCUGCAUCCCUUCUCCAGACAGGGAAGGCCUACCACUGCUUCUGCAGCCAGCAGAGACUAGAAUUACUGAAGAGAGAGGCCCUACGCAGCGGACAGACACCCGCGGUAUGA